AUGAAUUUGUUGGAUACUAUACUCAAUUUCUGUCAGAUAUGUACUCUGCUAACAAAUGAGCCCAGCGUUCAUUUGGUCCAGUUCGUGUUUUCAAUUGUUUGGAAGUUAGUUGAUGCAUCAUUAGAUGAUGAAGGACUGCUGCAGCUUACUCCAGAGAAGCAAUCUCAGUGGUCAACUGAACCUCAAGACAUGGAUAUAGAUGCCAUGAUGUUUCUGCAAAAUAAAGUAACUUCCAGAAUUCUUUACUUGGCACGCCAAAACAUUCAUUCUGCUCUUUGGCUUCCUCUUGAUUUGCUCCUAGAAGAUGCAAUGGAUGGUUAUCAAGUUAAUGCAACUAGUGCAAUUGAAAUCGUUGCUGGUGAAGUGAUUUUCUGCAUAAACCUCAAUAAAAAGUCGAUAUAUGUCCUUGUUUUAGCGCUUUACGUAAUGACUUUGGAUGGCUGCUCUACGUCUUGUUCAAAUGAAGAACUUAGCUUUACAUUUUGGGAAGAGGAAAGUUUAACAACUGAUGAGAUUGAAGAUGGUAUGGGCUGCAAAAAUCAGGUUUCCAGGAUGCGACCUGGGAACCUGCAUCAUUUAAUAGUUGAGGCAUGCAUUGCCAGAAAUCUACUGGACAUGUCGGUUUAUUUCUGGCCAGUCAAUGGAUCUAUUGAUGAAAGGAUAGCUGGUGCUACUAUUCUUUGUGUGGCCUCUUUGAUUUGCGGAUGGAAUGUACAGGAACACACUGUUUAUUUCAUAACUAGAUUAUUGUCUCCACCAGUUCCUGUUGACUAUUCUGGUUGUGACAGCUUUUUGGUUCUGCAACUUGCUGGUUCAUUAAUGACAAUCUGUGAUUGGUUCACGUGCUCCGAAUAUCUCAUGGACCUUGACAACAGGAGAGGAGAUAUCUGCCCAUGCCGUGUUUUGAAUUUGCUCUUCUUCUAA